GACGUAGUUGGCGAGGUCGUGGGUGACGUGGUCGGUGAGGUUGUUGGUGACGUGGUCGGUGAGGUCGUUGGCGACGUGGUCGGUGAGGUCGUGGGUGACGUGGUCGGUGAGGUCGUUGGUGACGUGGUCGGUGAGGUCGUUGGUGAUGUGGUCGGUGAGGUUGUUGGUGACGUGGUGGGUGAGGUCGUGGGUGACGUGGUCGGUGAGGUCGUUGGUGACGUGGUCGGUGAGGUCGUUGGUGACGUGGUUGGCGAGGUCGUGGGUGAGGUGGUCGGUGAGGUCGUGGGUGACGUGGCCGGUGAGGUCGUGGGUGACGUGGUCGGUAAGGUCGUGGGUGACGUGGUCGGUGAGGUUGUUGGUGACGUGGUUGGCGAGGUCGUGGGUGAGGUGGUCGGUGAGGUCGUGGGUGACGUGGUCGGUGAGGUCGUGGGUGACGUGGUCGGUAAGGUCGUGGGUGACGUGGUCGGUGAGGUCGUUGGUGGUGACGUGGUCGGAGAGGUCGUUGGUGGUGAUGUGGUGG